AUGGCGCCCCGCAAGCCGCCCCAGUAUCUUACAGUGUGCGCGGCCGAGCGGAACUCCGCAACAGCUGGCAAUAACAGUUCCAGUGCCACAACAUUUUCCGCUGCGGCGUUAGUGGCAUCGAUCGCCCAGCAACUUGCUCCAUCGGAAUCCUCAGCGUCCGUGGCCUAUCAGAUAUCCGGAGCAUCAGCUGCAGCUCUCCCAGUUCCUUCCUCCCACGAAUGCAGUGACAGCAUCGUCCGCAUCUAUAGCGGGGGCCUGGAGCCUGAUGGCGUCAGAAUCGUUGGCGCUCCACCAUACACGCCGACCAUAGGAGACGGGGAUUCAUCCCCACCACCGCCUUACGAAGCGCCACCACCCUACUCGCCGUCUCCAAAUGGACCGCCAGCCGACCCGGAAGAUCUCAAUGACCCAGAUGAUGAUGAACCAACCAAUACAGACUCACAGCCAUCACAGACAUAUUCACGGCCUUCUUCCAUUACAUCCAGUGCCUUACGAAUGUCCAGCGCCGUAUCCUCCGCUUCAUGUACCAACACCAUGUCCGGUGGGUGCUGCUCGAAGGCAACCGCUCUCACACUUUCAGGUACCGAACCAACCACACUCUGCAAUCUUGUUAUCGAUACCUGGGUCGACGUAGCCUACGACUUCAUGACUGGCUCUAUCGCCGUACCAGCCUCUGCAAGCCCAACAUCGAUGCCAGCAGCCCCAAUCACAGUAUCAAACGCUGGCGCGGUUUUCUCGUCGCUUGCGAACGCCAUAUCUUCUUAUCUCUCCAGUCUAUCUCGUGCCUCUGGCCUCCCAAGGAACAAGACAGCCAGCGCAACAGUGGCAGCAUCUUCUACCACGCAGCCUACACCCACAAUUUUGGUCAUGACCACAGCGCUUGCUAGUUCCCAACUGGGCGGCGAAGAACUAACGCCACCCUUUCCUUUCCAGCUUGAUGGGCAAACCCUAUUGUACCUGCGGAGCGGUUAUAGCUCCCCUUUUAAGCACGGUGAUCGCCGAUACUACCAGCUCUUGGUGAACAACGCCCGGAGUCGUAAUCCCAACAGGUCCUCCAAUCAGCUCAGUUGCACAGGCUGCUCCUCGUCCGACGCAAAUGAGUCCCAUAUCGCCCCCCACCACAGCUCCCACUCCCACCCGUCCAUAGGGGCCUUCGAAACCUGGCCUGAAGACAGCUGCGAUGACAUCGGCUGCACGAGUAGCAUCUACGGCUGGGACCUAGGGGCUCGCGCCAGCGGGUCAGGUCAUCGAUCCCUGCACGAACAGCAAGUACACGUACAAUUGGAUUUCGCUCAAAACAUGCAGAACGACAACAGCAAUUACACGAUCACCAUGACGGGGAUCCAUACGCUUGGGUACAAAGGGAUGAAGUAUCUGGGAUCGAACGAUGGGUACUACGAGGCGCCCAAUAUAGUUACUCGGACAUUAGUUCCGUCAGAUGGAGACGAGAACAUCUUUUGUCAACCUGUCCCCGGAGCGGUGGCGAAGAGUUAUUCCGGGUCCAACAGUCUCGACGAGGAUAAUUGGACGCCUAUUAGUUACUGUCUUCGGUAG